UUUUUUUAAUUUUCUUUUUUCAAAUUCACUGAGUUAAUUGUUUCUAAUUAAUUCUCGCAAUUAAAGUUUGAUUAUCUGUUGGAUUAGAAUUUUGUUUUGGUUUUUGUUUUUGGUCUUGUGAUAUUCAUCUAAGUGUGUGUCUCAUUUAAGAUGUCUUCUCAGUAUAGUGUACCGGUUAGUAUUGAGAUAUCUGAUGAAUAUACUGUUCAAGAGGUUACUUAUGAUGGUCAGGAGAAAUAUCAAUCACCUCUUACUAUGUCUGAGAAUUUGGCUCGGAUGGUUCAACGGAUUGAUUUUUCUUCCAUUGAAAGUGAUGAUGGUGAGUCUGAGGGGAAUUCUUUUGAUUCAAGUAAAGAGUCAACUCCUGCUGCUACUGUUACUGCACCACAAUGGCCAUGGGAAGCGGCAAGGAACAAAAUUAGAGGAGCUUUGACAGAAGUUCAUGUAUUGGAAGAUGUUCUUAACAUUGCAAAGGAGAAAAAAUAUCUUGUUCUUGAUCCAGUUUCUCAAGAUCUAUUUGAAAAUAAGCCGGUUGUCAGUUUGGUUGCUAAAAAGAAAGCAUUUGCAUCUGCAGCUACCAUAAUUACAAGUGGAGUUGAACGAAUUAAACAAAGUAAAAACGAUGCAUCUAGAAGUCAAACAUCCGAUUUCCAUACGGAGCUUAUGUGUAUGAGACAAAGUUGGAGACUACGACGAGCUGGAAAUUCAAUCAUUGGUGAUCUUAGUUAUCGCUCAGCUGGUUCAUGGUAUCCUCAUUUAGGAAACUUUGAGGUGACCAAAAAUGAAGAUCCACCCAGUUCAACACCUUUAUCCCCACCAAUGCCCUCCAUUCCAGGUACUUCACCUUCCGGACCUGUUGCCAAACAAAGUGCUCUAAAGGUUAAAAUUCCCAGUGAUCUUGAAGGUGUUGCCUACAUUCAUGUCUGUAUUCAAGAAGGUAGAAAAGAUCUAGAUGAUGAUCCAAUUAAACCAUCUAUCAAUCAAGAAGCUCUUAUCAAAAUGGACCUUAGUUGGCAACAGAAACUUGAAAACGCUCAAAAUAUACUUUUCUGUAAGGAAUUAUUUGCUAAGCUCGCACAAGAAGCGGUACAAGUCCAAUUUCCAAUUCCAACAUUAAUUUAUGGUAACAUAAUUAUCGCCACUCUUUUCACUGGUACCCAAUUGAAUAUCGGUCUAGUUCAUCAAACACCACCCAAAAAGAAAAGAAAAUUUGGUAAAUCGGAAAACCCCGAGGGAACCGAAAAAUCUUCCGAACCUGUUAAAUUCCCUCACAAGCCCGUUCUAGAACAUACUCUCCAUCAACUUCUUCGUGACAUGCAUUAUAAUGCUCUUCAUCAUCCUAUGCCUCAUCCAACAACAGCGACUUUGGGUCUAAGUCGUGUAAGAUAUUUCGCCGGACCCGAAGCAUACGAUCGUCAUAUUUUAACAGAAUCUUGUAAGAACGAAACCAUGUUGGAACAAAUUCUCUCUCAAAGUCAACAUUAUGUUCUUCGUGGUCAAGUCUUGAAAACAAUUGACGAUUUAACCAAAGAAGUUAAAGAAACGAUUAUCGUUGUCCACGGAUUAUGUUUAAAUAGUCCAACUCGAAGUUGUAUCAAGUUGAACCUAAUCUCCAGAGGGUACGAAGCACUUCAUCGAACUCCGGCCACAAUUCAUAUAACCUCGAAAAGGAUGUACAUCAUUUGUCGCGAGGGUAAAAAGUAUAACCUUUACUAUGACAUGUCGCUACUUCGGCAAACCCUUCUCACCAUAAUUUCCCACCAUCAAAUGUUCACAAUCCAAUCAAUGUGUAAACUAAUGGGCUGGCGAGUCCUCUCGUUUACCAAUAAUUGUGGCCUGGGUCCAGUUGAACAAAGUGGAACCGCUUCAGCGAUUCAAAUUGCUUCACCAAAUGAUGAAAGGAUCAUCUCAAUUCGCCAAGGGCCAACCUCAGAACCUAAAGUUUCCGUCUCUUCAAUUCCAAGGGAUCAAGAUUUUUAUCCAAGUUCAAUUAUUCGUGAUCGUAAAUGGCAAAACAUUCAAUCAAAUUUUAAGACAAUUGAUUUAACUAAAAUGCAAGGGAAAAAUUUAAUCAACAAAAUUGAGAUUCUCAUGUCAUUUACAUCAAAGACAUAGACAAUUGUAUUAAUAAGAAAGGAAAAUAUUACAAUCACAAAAAAAAAGGUUUAUUAUUAACACUGAAACUUUCAUUCAUCAACAAUUUAAAAAGUUUCUUCAAGCAUCUAUCAUAUAUAAUUAAUUAACUAUUUAUUUUUCAAACCAAAUUAAUCAAUUGAAAUUUUUUCUUGUGAAAAAAAAACAACAAUUUCUGUUCAUAAAUUAAAAUUUAACAAGAAAAGAAAAA